UUUUUUUUCCGGAUGUAGCAUCACAUGAAUUGACUGUCAACAUGCAAGAUGGCCACGCAUCACAGGCAGAAUGCUGCUGGGCGGAGAAAAGUUCAGGUGUCCUACGUCAUUAGAGACGAGGUGGAGAAGUACAAUCGUAAUGGGGUGAAUGCGCUGCAGCUGGACCCGGCUCUGAACCGGCUCUUCACUGCUGGGAGAGACUCCAUCAUCCGGAUAUGGAGCGUCUACCAGCAUAAACAGGACCCAUACAUUGCCUCGAUGGAGCACCACACAGACUGGGUUAAUGACAUAGUUCUCUGUUGCAAUGGCAAAACAUUGAUAUCUGCCUCAUCAGAUACAACAGUCAAAGUAUGGAACGCACAUAAAGGCUUCUGUAUGUCCACGUUACGAACACACAAGGACUAUGUCAAAGCUCUGGCCUACGCUAAGGACAAGGAGCUGGUGGCGUCGGCAGGUCUCGACCGGCAGAUCUUCCUUUGGGAUGUGAACACACUCACAGCGCUCACCGCUUCCAACAACACUGUCACCACCUCUUCACUCAGUGGGAACAAGGACUCUAUCUACAGUCUGGCUAUGAACCAGAUGGGCACAGUCAUUGUUUCUGGAUCUACAGAAAAGGUCCUGAGAGUUUGGGAUCCCAGAACAUGUGCAAAGCUGAUGAAGCUAAAAGGACACACAGACAACGUCAAGUCGCUGCUGCUGAACCGAGACGGCACUCAGUGCCUGUCGGGCAGCUCAGACGGGACCAUCCGUCUGUGGUCACUCGGCCAGCAGCGCUGCAUCGCCACCUACCGGGUCCAUGAUGAAGGCGUGUGGGCGCUGCAGGUCAACGAGGCCUUCACACACGUUUACUCUGGAGGAAGAGACAAGAAGAUCUACUGCACCGACCUGAGGAACCCAGACAUCCGUGUUCUCAUCUGUGAGGAGAAAGCUCCGGUGCUCAAAAUGGAGCUGGACAGAUCUGCUGACCCUCCUCCAGCGAUCUGGGUCUCCACCACCAAGUCAUCUGUUAAUAAAUGGUCUCUAAAGGGAAUGCACAACUUCCGAUCAUCAGGAGAGUACGACAACGACUGCACCACUCCUCUGACUCCUCUGUGUACUCAGCCAGAACAAGUCAUCAAGGGAGGUGCUAGUAUCAUCCAGUGCCACAUCCUGAAUGACAAGAGACACAUACUGACCAAAGAUACCAACAACAACGUGGCUUUCUGGGACGUUCUCAAGGCCUGUAAGGGGGAAGACUUGGGCAAAGUGGAGUUCGAUGAAGAGAUUAAAAAGCGCUUCAAGAUGGUCUACGUGCCAAACUGGUUCUCUGUUGAUCUGAAAACUGGGAUGCUCACCAUCACUUUGGAUGAGAGCGACUGCUUCGCCGCCUGGGUGUCUGCAAAGGACGCCGGGUUCUCAAGCUCCGAUGGGUCCGACCCAAAGUUGAACCUGGGUGGGCUGCUGCUUCAGGCUCUGCUGGAGUUCUGGCCCAGAACUCGUAUCAACCCCAUGGACGAGGAGGAGAACGAGGUGAACCACGUGAACGGAGAACAGGAGAACCGGGUCCAGAAGGGAAAUGGAUAUUUCCAAGUGCCACCACACACGCCAGUCAUCUUCGGGGAAGCAGGAGGCAGAACUCUAUUUAGGUUGCUAUGUAGAGACUCAGGUGGAGAGACGGAGUCCAUGCUGCUGAAUGAGACCGUUCCACAGUGGGUUAUUGAUAUAACUGUAGAUAAAAAUAUGCCCAAGUUCAACAAAAUCCCGUUCUACCUCCAGCCCCACUCUUCCUCUGGUGCAAAAACUCUAAAGAAGGACCGCCUCUCGGCCAGCGACAUGCUCCAGGUGAGGAAGGUGAUGGAGCAUGUUUACGAGAAGAUCAUCAACCUGGACAACGAGUCGCAGACCACCAGCUCCUCAGCCAACGACAAGCCGGGGGAGCAGGAGAAGGAGGAGGACAUGGCCAUGCUCGCCGAGGAGAAGAUCGAACUAAUGUGUCAAGACCAGGUUCUAGAUCCCAACAUGGACCUGCGAACAGUUAAACAUUUUAUCUGGAAGAGUGGAGGGGACUUGACGCUUCACUAUAGGCAGAAGUCCACGUGAAAACCCUGAUUUUUAAAAACAAGAACUCUUCGUCAUUUGCCAAUCACCACCCACCUCUGACAUGUAGUACCCUAAAAACCCCAUUGUGUGGUCGAGAGUCGCAGUAUCAAUGAGAAUCCAGUAAAAAAAAAACAAAGUGUGAGGACGAGGCUCAUGGUGUAUCAUAGAGAAGUGAGCAGAACAGACCGGAGCAGCCGACAGACACCCGGGAUAGAAGUGGUCCAUAGUUUAUUUCUUUCUUUUUCUUUUUUUUUACAGUUUGAAGAAAGGACUGUUUUCUCCAGCUUCCACCAGUUUCUUUCUUUUCUUUUUUUACUUUGACUGCUAUGUUUGUCCUUCUGAUUGGCGUUUUAUUUCGAAGCGACAGAAGUCAGUUUGUGUCCGAGCGUGUGUGUGUGUGUGUGUGUAUAUGCACAUGGAUGUAGUAGACUGUUUGUUUGUUCUAGUACAUUCCAGAAAAACCUGUCCUUGUUCUCCAAACACUCCACACUAAGCGGUUUAGAGUCACUCUUGGUCUCUAAACCUCCUCCUCUGUUCUGCUGCCACAUUAACCUGAACUUAGACACCGAACUACUGCAGAGCUUGAACCUCCAUUGACAGAAAACACUUGUCGGUGUCUUUUACUUUUAGCUGUGCUGUUCUCAAUGGACUGAAUGUUGGUGUUUUUUUUUUUGUAAAUAUAUGUAAAACAUUUUUCGAUUGUUUUCUUUUUUUUUUUUGGUUUUGCAGCAGUUUUAUUUUGUUGUUGUACAGUUUUACUCAAAACCAACAGUUUUGUUUCUCUUUUGUUUUUGUUUUUUUCUCUCAAAUCCCCAGAGCACAUCCAUUCAUGGUCAUGAAGGUAAUCUGACUUUUAAAAAUCGCAUUCGUUGUAUUCAAUACAACCCAGAAAUCCGCAUUUUACUCUUUAAGAAUGUUUAGUAGUCGUCCAAGUCAUCUUUAGCAAAAUCGGGAAAUUAUAUAUAAGGUAUAUAUCUUUAUUAAUAACUCAUGCUUACCGCUCUGUGCUUGGGUCAUGAGCAGUGACUUUGAUGACAGUGAGGGCUCUUCCUAAUGUAUAUUUAAUUUAGAUUUAAUAGUUCAGUGAAACAUGAAUAUAACUUGAAGGGGGAAUCUCAUCAUCCAAGAGAAUAUAGAAGAAUAUUCAACCACUGUGGGAGUGAAAUAAAAGGUAAAACCCGUUUUUUUUCUCUCUCGGUGUCACCAAGCGGAACAAAAGAUCUUUUCAGUGGAAAUUUGUUUCUGCAGUUAAUUUUUGCCAUGACGAGUGUGUGUUAACGCCAUAGUGGAGACGCAACCGGAGUGAGCUCAAAUUGGCCAAAAAAACACGAUGGGUACCGUAAUUGAUGGGCCAUAACACUGCAAUAUCCCUUGUUGUAAUAAUUUGUGAAAUAUGUAUAUUUUAGGCAUUCGAAGAAAUAAAUUGGAAUGAUUUAACAAUGACA